AAAAUUCAAUAUGGCAGCCUAUCCGCAUCCGGUAGACCACAUGCCGACGCGACGCGUGACGAUAUUCAUUUUAAGUCCAGUCAUCUGAGAGAUUUGUUCGUGAGUAUUGCACAGUCAAAUUGACGAUGGAUGAUUGUACGCUGCAAGCCGUAAGAAAAUUUUUCGGGAAGUGGUUUGAGCAGUAUUGCAUAAAACAUAAUAUAAUAUUACGGAAACAAGAGUCUGAUAUUUUUAUGGUACAGAACUUGAAAGAAUUGAAGACAUGCGUGAAUCAAAUUGAUACGUAUAAGGCAAAUUUAGACAGCGCAUUAAAGCGUAUACAGUACGAGCAAAGAAAACGAACACGCAAACAAACAAAAAGGACUAAACAGAUAUAUCAUACAGGAUCAAAAAAUUUUAUUUUUACUGGUUUCUCACUAAGAGUACGAUUAUUGAACACAUCUGCCAUUAUUCCUUCUUGUCCAGUUAAUGCAGUUUCAACAAUAUGCAUCUUAAACAAUAUAAAGAGAGGGGAUGAGAUUUUCGAUCAUAUUAUCAAAAACACCGCGAAAGAUGUUGUGGUAACAAACUAUGAGUUAUCUAUACCAUUGAUUUCCGAUCUUUUAAGCCAAUUUCAAAGAAGGCAUAGGAAAUUUGAUUAUAACGGUGUUCUAAUGAGCUUAAUUGAUAAAAAUCCUGUCAGCCAAAAUUUGAAAUGUGAAUAUGAAGUUCCAGUGAAACAAUUAAUGUCUUUCUAUGAGAUCAUAUUUACCAAAGUAGUUCCCCUCGCAAUAUUUGGAAAGUUGAAGAAUCUUAAAAAAGCAAAAAAGGCUUUAAAGUAUCUUUUAACUACACCACGUUAUAGAUCCUAUGAUUUGUGGUUUCUUCUUGAGAAGCUAGAUAUUUCUAGUAUUACGUGGUUAAGAAAUAUACCAUAUCCAGAAACACAGUGGCUUAUUUUAGCAAAAUUUAUUAAAUGGUUCUUUAAAGGAUAUCUCAUAAAAAUAUUAUUCAAACAUUUCCAUAUAACAUCACUUUCUUCGGGCAAUAAUGAAAGAUUAUACAUUGCGCGCUCAACUUGGUUUUCCAUUCAGAAGAAAUUUGUAACUAAAAAAAUACGUUCAAAUGCCCUACAUCCUGAUGUGGAGUACGAUGAAUGGAGUCCACCAAUAGGAAUCUAUAAAUUAUAUCCGAAAUAUUCUGGUGUACGUCCUAUAUUAGUAUCAAAACAUGAAAAGAACGAUGAACAUAAUUUGUAUAUAAUUCACACGUUUUUAAAACAGUUAAAAAUGACUGCGUAUGGAUUCAGUAAUUUUCAAGAGGAUUGGAAAUCAAUUGUUCAUUAUACACAUAAUUCAAAAAUUCAAAAACCCUAUCUUGUAUCCUGUGAUGUAAUGGAUGCAUUUGGUUCUAUAAUACAAGGAGAUUUGCAUGAUAUUAUAAUAUCAUUAUGUGAACAACUACCAGAAGUUUUAUUACUUCAUUUGUACAUAAUUAAAAGUAAGAGACGUGUAAAAGAUGAUCCAUUAUGUUACAAAGAAUUUUUUUCCAAUGAAAAUUUACAAUUACCUUUGUCUCCUGGGACUUUAUAUGUAUGUACAAAAUCUGCAACGUCUCCUAUCCAAAAAAGUUGGCUAUUAGACAAAAUUUGGGAUUAUAUUUCUUAUCAAAGGUGAAUUACUCGACAAUAUCAAGAAUAUUGUUGAAGAUAUAAUUAGAAUUAUUGAGUUUAGCAACAGAAGAGUUACCAGAUGUAUUAUAAAAUUGUUGAUGAAAUGUAAUGAAAACAUGAGCUAUACAAAAGCAUGUGCAUGGGACAGGAAAAUUAGUAACAUUAUAUGGAUGUCUUAUAAACAUAUCUUUAAGAGGGACAGGAUUUUGCGGAAGUAUUUUAUGAAAGUUCCGUUUAAGCAGGCUCGACACAAACAUGAGAGGUAGAUAUAAGGCUAUUCAUUCAUGAAGCGUCGCAUCCGAGAAGUGACAUUGCUCGCGAUAUACUUUCAUGCAGCGUUCAAUGUAAAAUAAUGGAUGAUCAACUGUGAAGUGACAGUAACUCGCUGUCGUCACGAAUUAUAUUUAUCAUGACACCCUUAAUUCAUAAACACAUAAUUCAAAAAUCCUAUCUUGUAUCUUGUGAUGUAGUGGAUGCAUUUGAUUCUAUAAUGCAAAAAUAAGUAAAUAUAAUUUAAAAUAAAUGUUUAAAGCAAAAUACACAUAUUUUAAUACGUA